AACCUAAAGAGAACUAACUCAAAAAUAAUCUACAAAAAAAAUGGCGAAACGUUUCAAGCUGAAGAUAUCCGGCGUCUUUCCUUCCUUUCAAUCUUGCCGUUCCAAAAACCCUUCUGAUCUCCCAUCAAAUCCUGUCCCUUCGUUCUUCAGAAUUUCCUCAGUCAACCCCAAGCCUAUCACCCCCCAUUUACCCCCAUGCCCACAGCAACCAAAGUCGACAAAGCUGCCUCAUUACUCCUCCCUCAAACGCCACGUUUUCUCAGCGUUCUCUUCAAUCGGCUGUGGUCUCGGAUCAAGACCAACCGCACGGUACUUCUCUGAAACUGACCGCAGCGAAUCACCGCCGCCGCCAACACCGGAGUUUCACUGGGAAAAAGAAGAUGGAUGGCACCUCAUUGCUAAAGUUGACGAGACCCCCCGUCGCAAAAUCUACAAUAUAUCUGAAAACGACGAUGACUUGUUUCCUCCUCCACCGCCUCCUAACACGGAGAAGAAAAAACGACGAUACAAAAAGAAGAAAACGAAGUCAAAAAUCCGGAUAAGCACCUCGUCAGCCGACAGCGGAUUAUUUAGCAGCGAAAGCUUUGAAGACGAUGGCAUUAACUACGAAGAAACAGAAACCCUAGUUUCAUCGUCUAGGAGCUUCUCCACUGAUUCCUCUUCAGAGUUCAACACCAACUUAGAAAAAAUACGCGAAACAAUUAUACCUAUGAGACAUAAAAGGAAGAAGAAGAAAAACCAGAAAGUUAAGAAGGCAAAAAGGAAUUUGAUGGUGAGAUUAUCGUCGUCACAGAGCGAAUCUCCAGCGAGGUUGUCGUGCUUUUUGCAACGGAUGAUACCGUGCACGGUGGAUGGGAAAGUGAGGGAGAGUUUCGCUGUGGUGAAGAAAUCGGAGGAUCCAUACGAGGAUUUUAAGAAGUCGAUGAUGGAGAUGAUAUUAGAGAAACAAAUGUUUGAAGAGAAAGAUUUGGAACAACUCUUGCAUUGUUUCUUGUCUUUGAAUUCUAGGCAUCAUCACGGGGUUAUUGUUCAGGCUUUUGCCGAGAUUUGCGAGACUUUGUUUUCUCGAAAAUCUACUAGUUUUCGAGUUUCUUGUGGUCUUAGUUAAUGAACGAGUAAUUAUCAAAUUUUAAUAAUGCUUUAGUGACUCUAAUAACGUUAUUGUAAAAUAUAGGAGUAUUAAUCUUUGCAUGAUUUCUCAGUUCUUUAUGGACUUAACUCUAGAUCACUAGAUCCUUGAUGGCAAAUGCAGGUUGGUUGAAU